AUGGAGAAGAUAACUACAAUUCUAUUACUGUGCUCCACAAUCAUAGCAAUGCCUAUGGUUAUGGGCAUGGCUGAAGGGCCAAAAGCAGUAGAAGAAUGGUUCUCAAAGCUUGGCCAGAAGAAGGAAAAAGUAACCAGACUUCACUUCUUCCUCCACGAUACAGUAAGUGGCAAGAAUCCAACUGCUGUAACAGUGGCUCAAGCCAAUGGUACCUCCAAAUCACCGAUCUUUUUUGGGGAAACCGUCGUCAUGGAUGACCCAUUGACAUUUGGGCCUGAACACAAUUCCAAGUUUGUCGGUCGAGCCCAGGGUUUGUACAGUUCAGUCGGCUUGGAGAACCUAGCUCUACUUAUGACCAUGAACUUGGUGUUCACAGAUGGGAAGUACAAUGGUAGCACUCUGAGUCUCCUUGGAAAGAACGCCGCAUUACAGACGUACCGUGAAAUGCCCAUCGUCGGUGGAACUGGUGUUUUCCGACUAGCCCGGGGAAUUGCUACGGCAAAGACGGUGUUUUUCAAUGCUACCUCGUUAGAUGCUGUGGUUGAGUAUAAUGUCAUGGUCAUUCAUUAUUGA